UGUAAUCCCGCACUUCCCCCUCGAAACAAACCCACCUCGGUCCUCGAAGCUGUAUAUAAAACUCAAAGCCAUUUUCCGUUCAAAGCUUUUCCGGACUCUUCCCCUCUUCGAUGACUGACAUUCAAUCCCGGCCUAGGACCCAUUCCCAUCCCAAAGCAGCGGAAACCUGUUCCGGUUCCAGACGAUGAGCGCAGUGAACCUCACAAACGUCGCCGUUUUGGACAACCCAGCCGCGUUCCUCAACCCCUUGCAGUUUGAGAUCUCCUACGAGUGCUUGGCCCCCCUCAAAGACGAUUUGGAAUGGAAACUCAUAUAUGUGGGAUCUGCCGAGGAUGAGACUUAUGACCAGCUUCUUGAAAGUGUGCUUGUUGGGCCUGUCAACAUUGGCAACUACCGAUUUGUCCUUCAGGCAGACCCUCCAGACCCAUCAAAAAUCCGUGAUGAAGAUAUCAUUGGUGUCACGGUACUACUAUUGACAUGUUCUUAUCUGGGACAAGAAUUUGUUCGAGUUGGAUACUAUGUGAACAACGAUUAUGAUGAUGAACAAUUAAGGGAGGAACCUCCGCCAAAGCUGUUGGUCGAUAGGGUUCAAAGAAAUAUUUUGGCUGACAAGCCCAGGGUCACAAAGUUCCCAAUCAAUUUUCAUCCCCAGAACAAUGAGCAUGGUGAAGAACCCCCACCUUUACCAGAACAUGCCAUUGAAACCAGUGAGAAUGGAGAGGAACCUCCGCCCCCUUCUCCUGAUCAUCCUUCCAGCGACCAGUAGUUGUAAGUUGAACUUGCUGCCUAACACAAUGGGACAUUCCUACUUCAAAUAUUAACAUACUGAUCAUUUUGUAUCAAUUUGAUUUUGCUAAUAUUGAAAAUCUCCAUAUGUAUUUUGAAGUGUCAGUUGGAUUCAUUUGUACUAUUUUUGUGUUUGUGUUGCUACAAUAUGGUAUAUGGUGUUUCAUGCC